AUGGGCUGCCUUCAGAGCGUCGCCUGCAAGCCCCGAAUCAAGCGCGAGAACAUAGUUGUUUACGACGUGUCUGCUACUAUUGACCAUUGUCCGACAGUAAUCGAGGAGAAUUCACCAAUAGUGCUCCGCUACAAAACUCCGUACUUCAAGGCCUCCGCCCGGAUAGUAAUGCCGCCGAUUCCUCGAAACGAGACUUGGGUGGUGGGCUGGAUUCAAGCGUGCACUCAGAUGGAAUUCUACAACACUUAUGGAGACCUCGGCAUGUCAAGUUGGGAGCUGCCAGAGUUACGAGAAGGACUAGUGAAGGCUAUCAGCGACUCCGAUGGCUUGAGUUACCCCUGGUACGGAAACACAACGGAAACUGUGACCCUGUCUGGACCCACAUCCAAACCCUCACGCUUCACUGUCAGCAUGAAUGAUAACUUCUACCCCAGCGUAACAUGGGCCGUCCCGGUCAGCGAGAGCAAUGUGCCUUUGCUCACACGGAUCAAACGUGACCAAAGCUUCACCACAUGGCUGGUGGCUUUGAAUGUGACUACACAGGAGAAGAUCCUCCUGCAGACAGUAAAGUGGAGGAUGAAAGUGGACAUUGCUGUGGAUCCAUCAAAGCCGCUCAGCUCUCGAGCAAGACUCAUCGGCCGGGUGCACCAGGAUCAGCCCAAAGUGUUGACCCAUAUGGAGCAGAUUCCUCCUAACGCUCUGGGUAAACCCAACGCUAAUGAUGCCCAAGUGCUAAUGUGGAGACCUAAGAGAGGACCACCACUUGUGGUGAUCCCCUCCAAGUAGCAGGCUGUCAAAAUAUUCAAUUUGCCUUAAAUCCACACUGCUGCCUUUGAAGACAUUUGGUUCUGAAUCGCCCUAAAGACACUUAAAGGAACAGCUUAUAAACAAAA